CUGACGCCGGUUAGUCAGUCAAUACACCUAACGAAAAUUUAUUUAUUCCGGCUAGUUUAAAACUACACGCAUAAUUUUUUUUUUAAAAAAUGUCGGUUUCGUUGGUAUUAUAAUUUAAAUAAUAUUUUCUUGCCAUAAAAUCAAAUACGACUUAAUUUUUUCGUAAAUAAAUUUUUUAGUGUUAUUUUUACAGCUUUUUUUUUUAAUUGUGUUGUUUAUAAUGUGAUUCCAAUGCCAAUUCUAAUAUCAUGAUAUCGAGAUGGUCAUGUUACAAAAUAUAUAAAUAUCGGACACGCUUGAGGUGGCUGCCCGAGUGCACAGCGAAUGGGAUGCGAGAUCAUCGUACGAAUAUAUCACAUAUUUUGCACGCGUUCAACGAUUCCCGCCGUUGACAAUAAACGACGAAAAUGGGCUUAACGCCGAUCAAGUUACCGUACCAGUCAGCCAAAAACCGUCUGUUCGGCGUACAGCCGCGGAUGUCGUCCAGCUUUCAGCAAAUACCCACUUUCAACAUAAACGACCCGUAUAGCAAUGAACGUCAAUCGAACCGACGAACUAGCAGACGAAAUGGGUUACCUAUCAACAUGCUCGUCUCCCAGCAAAGGAGGAUCAGCAACAGUCGACUAGCGGUCAUCAUAUUUGGCGUUGUAGCUUUAUUAGCUGGACUAAUACUCUCUUCAGUUCCGUGGGUUCAUUAUAUAAUUUUAAAGAACUUAAAAAUAUGGAAUGGAACUUUAAGUUAUCAUUACUGGCAAAAACCUGGCGUAUUAAGACUGACAAAAGUAUUCAUAUUCAAUGUCACCAAUCCCGAUGGCUUCUUGCAUAACGGCGAAAAGCCAAAACUUCAAGAAAUUGGUCCAUUUGUUUAUAGAGAAAACAUGGAAAAAGUUAAUAUUCAUUUUAACAACAACGGUACAGUGACGUACCAACAUAAAAAAAUUUUAGAAUUCAUGCCACAUCUUUCAGUUAUCAAAAAUGAUGAAAUCAAAUUAACUGUACCAAAUAUUCCCUUAUUAACAUUGACUACUCAAGCAAAUAGUUUACCGUCAAUAUUAAAAAGUUCACUUUCGGCAAUUUUAAGGUUUUCUGGUUUGACCCCGUUUAAACAUGUUACCCCACAACAAUUAGUUUUUGGUUAUGAUGAUCCAUUAACUUCUCUAGCAAACACAUAUUAUCCAAAAGGAAAACGACCGCCCAAAAAAAUGGGUCUUUUCUUGAUGCGAAAUGGUACACUAGAUGAAGUUUCCACAAUAUACACUGGUCAUAACGGAAUGGAGAAUUUUGGCCUUCUCAAUCGUAUAAAUGGAAUGGAAGAGCUACCGUUUUGGAAGGGAUCUUGUAAUUCUAUUAGAGCAUCUGAAGGUUCGUUUUUCCCGCCAAGAGAAUUUACAAAGUCUGAUUUAGUACACGUGUAUGACAAAGAUUUAUGUCGAGUAUGGGCACUUAGGUACCGAAAAGAUGUGAUCAAAGAUGGUAUUACAGCAGGGUACUAUACACCUGACGACAAUCUUCUAGAAACUGUUGAAAAAAAUCCUGAGAAUUCAUGUUUUUGCGAAGACAACACUGACUGCACAGUUAAAGGGUUGCAGUACAUUGGACCUUGUCAAUUUAAUGCUCCAGUUUACUUGUCUUUUCCUCAUUUCUACAAAGCUGAUCCAAAACUUUUAGAAGACGUAGAGGGUCUUUCACCAGAUCAAGAAAAGCAUGAAACAUUCUUAAAAAUUCAACCCAGACUGGGAGUACCAUUAGAAGCCCGUGUGAAAGUCCAACUCAAUUUGAAAGUUGAGCAAUCCAAUAUUUACCCAACGUCCAACUUCAGAAGUAUUACAUUCCCGAUUAUGUGGCUUGAAGAGGGCGUAAGCGACUUGCCGGAAAACAUUCAUCGAUGGAUUUACAUGGCCACCACAUUCGUAGACACAGCCGUGCCGUUGUUCACAUACGGUCUAAUCCUCGGCGGUGCACUAGUACUGGUUGCAGUGUUUGUCCGCACAUAUCACCAAAUCGUAUUUACCCGGGAAAACAUCGAACGCGGCAGACAGAGUAUCCUGCGACGGGGCAGCAGUAUGCUGGUAAAUGGUCAACAUCGGUUAUUGAUUGUUCGCGAAUCGUACCAUCGGAUAAGCAACACCGUACAGGAAACCGAUGUGGACGCACAACAGCUUCUAUCGUGAUCUAAAGACUACUUAUUUCAACGUACCUAUAAUUAUUUUGAAAUUUGAAAACUUUUACCAUCACAUUUUCGUACAAGAGAUACGAGUGAUAUGCUAAUAAACUAUUGUGUAUUCUAAACUGUGAUAUAGAUAACGAAAAAGUGCACAAAUGUUUAAUGUUCGUGUAGACAUCAGAACAAACAAAUUCUCAAAUUGGACUGUGAUACGAAUUUUAUAGAUGAAGACAUUUUUUUAUAUACAUAUAUAUAUAUAUAUAUAUAUAGAGCGAAUAAAAUAAGAUAAACGAAAAUAAUCAAACAUAAUUUAUCAGUAGAUAUGCCUUGGUUUUGGGGCAGAAUUAAAUAUUAAAUGUUUUUCUACUCUUAUUUAAAUUUAAUUGAAAAGAAUCACAAUUGAAUUGAAAUUAGGAUAGAAAUAAUAUCGUCGAGCUAUACUUACCAACCGUGAUAUAGUUAUUUUAUUUAUUCAUUGAAGAAUAAACAAACUAUUGAUUUAAAUUAAAUCAAUUAAACAUUAAGGUGCUCUUGUUUUAUAAUUUUCUGAUUAUAUAAAACUACAUACCUGUUUUUUUGAAAUUAAAUUUAUUUUGUAUUCAACCAUAAAUUAAAGCCAAAUAUCUAAUGAUAAAAUUAAUAGACUUAAUUGUUAGUAUCAUGAUAGUAUUAUGAAUUUGAACAAAGAAUUAUCAAUUUAGUAUAAUUAAUUAAUAUGUAAAUAAUAUAAAUACAUGAUCUUAUGUUUCUUACAAACCUUAAAAUUAAUAGGGCAUUUAUUACUUAGUUUUUUCAUCAUUGUUAUUAAUAGGACAUCUUUAUGCUUAGAAAAAUAUAUUUUUGAUUGUUUUCUACGUGCACACUCAUUUGCUCAAUCUAAAAAUCAAACAUCGGCAACAAUUUCAUCGUUACCAUAUUAUGUACAUUCGUUAUUAUGAAGAAUGUGUUACUUAUUAAUUUAACACAAGAUUCGACUUGUGUUUUUACUAUUAUUAUUUAUUGAUAUAAAAAAUAUGUACAGUGUAAAGUAAAAUAA